UUUGAGCCAACGAUCGAAUUAGUGAAACUUACAGUAUAGGCGCAGCACACAGUUUCCCGCUCUUCAAAAUGGAAAAGAUGAGGUAGUCUGAGGAGUACCAUCUGAUGAGACAGAACAGCUACCAAAUUACAACUCUACAGCCUUUGGCCGUGGUUUGCGUUGCAAACAAAUAUGGCAUUUGCUUGCUAAAGGUUGAUGAUUAAAGCCCGGGCAAAGUGCAUAGCUUGUCUACAAGGCAGCCAGGACAGACCAGAUCUCUUCUGUAACUACUGACUUGCAUAACCAGUGGUUCCAUGUCUUUGAAGCUGGGCUUUAACUGAUCAAGACAGACGCACUAUGUGGUAUUAUUACGACGGCUUUGGCCGUCUAUGGCAAUCGCCAUUUAUUGUGUUGUAUUUGGUAGGAUUUUGGAUAACACCUGUGUUCUCACAUCCACAAUGCCUGGACUUUAAGCCUCCCUUUCAACCCCAGCAGGAGCUUCAGUUCUGCGUAAUGUAUAAGCACUUCGGCUGCUGCGAUUUUGAAAGGGAUCAAGAACUCAUGACGAAGUUUUAUCGGAUCAUGGACAAUUUUGACUAUUACGGUUAUGCCAACUGCGCAGGGUAUGUUCAAGACCUCAUCUGCCAAGAAUGCUCUCCAUAUGCUGCUCACCUGUUCGAUGCUGAAGACCCCAACACCCCAAUGAGAACAAUACCAGGACUUUGCCCAGAUUACUGCUCACUGUAUUGGAAUAAAUGCAGAUCCACAGUUACCUUGCUAUCUGAAGACCCAAGGCUGGCUGAAAUUGAACAUGACCAGGGUAAAUUUUGUCAAUAUUUGGAGCUGGAUGAUCCAGACUACUGCUAUCCACAUCUCCUGAGCAAUGAACAGUUGACAAAGAACCUUGGACGCGUUACUGCUGACUCUGAGGGCUGUUUGCAGUUGUGUCUGGAGGAGGUAGCGAACGGACUCCGGAACCCUUUGGCAAUGGUUCACGCCAAUGAUGGAACACAUAGGUUUUUCGUUGCAGAACAAAUUGGUUUGGUUUGGGUUUAUCUCCCAGAUCGAUCAAAGCUUGAGAAACCCUUUCUGAACAUCUCUGAGGCUGUGCUGACCUCUCCAUGGGAGGGGGAUGAACGUGGCUUCCUUGGACUUACCUUUCAUCCCAACUUUAAGUACAACGGCAAGCUUUACGUGUACUACUCUGUGGAGGUGGGUUUUGAUGAAAGGAUCCGGAUCAGUGAAUUCCGUAUCUCUGCGGGAGAUAUGAAUGUGGUUGACCACAGCUCCGAGAGAAUUAUCUUAGAAGUUGAUGAACCUGCAUCCAAUCACAAUGGAGGUCAGCUUUUGUUUGCCGAGGACGGAUAUUUGUACAUCUUCACUGGUGAUGGAGGCAUGGCAGGGGAUCCCUUUGGAAAAUAUGGAAAUGCGCAGAACAAAUCUGCUCUUUUAGGAAAGGUUCUUCGUAUCGAUGUGGAUAAUAAUGACAGAGGACCAUUGUACAAAAUCCCACCUGACAACCCAUUUGUGCAUGAGCGUGAUGCCCGACCUGAGGUGUUUGCCUAUGGGGUAAGGAAUAUGUGGAGGUGCUCUGUCGACAGAGGUGACCCUUACACCAAGGAUGGGAAAGGACGCAUCUUCUGUGGAGAUGUGGGACAGAAUAAAUAUGAAGAGAUUGACAUUGUGGAGAAAGGGAAGAAUUACGGUUGGAGAGCAAAAGAAGGUUUCUCUUGUUAUGACAAGAAACUCUGUUUCAACAGCUCGUUAGAUGAUGUUCUCCCAAUUUAUGCAUACCCUCACAAAAUGGGCAAAUCUGUAACCGGAGGAUACGUCUACAGAGGCUGUGAAUUCCCUAAUUUAAAUGGCAUGUAUAUAUUUGGAGACUUUAUGAGUGGGCGAAUGAUGAGUCUAAAAGAAAAUAAGAACACUGGCCAGUGGGACUACAAUGAAAUCUGUAUGGGCACUGCUGUAACUUGUGCUUUUCCAGGACUCAUCAAUAAUUACUACCAGUACAUUAUCUCAUUUGCUGAGGAUGAAGCAGGAGAACUUUAUUUCAUGUCUACUGGAGUUCCAAGUGCAACGUCCCCAACAGGUGUUGUUUAUAAAAUAGUUGACCCAUCGCGACGUGCACCCCCGAGGAAAUGCCACUAUGAUCCUUUAUCAGUUCGAGUGAAGAGUAACCUCAUAAAAUUCCAGCCAAAAGAAACAUUAAUCGGCACAGAAACCCCAGAUAAGCAGUCAAAAGCAACAGAUUCAGAGGAGCCUUUGGCAGCCAAUCCAACUGUCCCCACUUAUGCCACUACAAAAGACUGGCUACAGGAGCUCAUUGACCUCCUCAAUGAGCAGGACGUAGCCAGUGGCCGAACAACACCCGCCCCGACCACCUCAACUACAGUCAGGACUCCAAGGCAGUCCAGACCACGGAAAGGUAGACGGAGAAAGGGUAAAAACAAGUCCACAGGUUCUGCUCAGAAUGGAGCCGUGAGGUUGGCGGGAGACGAAGCAGCCCGGAAGGACAGGGGAAGAGUGGAAAUAUACGCCAAUGGAGAAUGGGGGACAGUCUGCGAUGACCUGUGGAAUACAAAAAACGCUGCGGUGGUCUGUCGGCAACUUGGUUUCCGGUACGCUCUUAAGGCUGCUAAACAUGCCGAGUUUGGCGAGGGGAAACAUCUGAAGAUCAUUCUGGAUGACGUGCAGUGUGAGGGGACAGAAGAGACCCUUCUGGACUGCCAGCAUGCAGGGGUCGGUGUACACAACUGCGCUCAUUAUGAAGACGCAGGAGUGAUUUGUGGCAACUCAGAUUACACUGAAUACUAAAGCAGACAUACUAUUAGAAUGACCUCUGUAUGAAAUUUAAUUAAGGGAAGAGAACCUGAACAUCAUCUCUUUCCCAUCAGUAAUAUCUAUAACCUCCAGUUUAUUCCUUCCAGCUGACCUCCAUAUUGUUUUUUUUUUUUCUACCUGCAUCUCAGCUGUGACCCGUCACACAUAACCUUACUAAUUAUACAGUUAGCGCCUAAAUGAGGUGUUUUUACAUGCAGUUAUUUAAUUAGUGGAGAACAAAAAGCAACCAAGGAAUGAACAUCUCUCACAAAAAUCUUACCUUUACGUGAAAUAGCGCUAUAGUAUUGUUGUUUACUCUUCAGAUAUUCAAAUUUAAUGUAUUUUGCACAUUUAGCAGUGCUUCAGUAAUUCACACAACCAAAACCACAAUAUACAACAAUAAACAUAAAAAUGUAAUCAUGAAUUCAGGUCCCUUUAAUUUACUGAGAAUUGUGUAUCAUUUCUACAAGUCUUAGGAUCUACCGAUUUAUUUGCUUAUCCUGUGAUCAAGUGCUUUGUGUUACCUUCCUCUGUAGUGCAGGAAGCAGUACUGAUUUUAUUAUUAUUACUAUUGUUUUUUAAUCAAGUUCAUCCAGUGAAAAACUAAGAAGCCCCAAAAACAUUUCAAAUGUGUCUGUGUCCACAUGUUUUUAAAUAAGUAAAUUAACUGGACAUGUAAUAGUGUCUGUGACUACCCCUGUGCUUUGUGGUUACAAAUGAAGUAAUGUGAUGUAAUUCACUGUUUGGUAAGUAAAGUGAGGAUUUAUCCAACAAGUUGUUUGGGAAAAAGGCUUUUUGACUUCUUGCUGUCAGAGCACUGGAUUCCCCGCAUCAAAAUAAAUUUACAAAAAAAAAAACAGAA